GAAAUUUUUAUUUAAUUAAAAAUGUCAACGUAAGUGUUACUACUUUGUAAUAAAUUUAUACAAAUUUGUACUAGACGACCAAAUAUUGUAUUUUAUCAGGAAAUGGUCCAGUAAUGGUCUUUUAGCAGUUAAUACAGAAGAUUAUGAAGAUGUAUUCAGUAAUUUAGAUGAUUUCUCUGAUAUUUCGGAUGACCAAAAGAAUUUUCCUAUCGAUUGGUAUUUUCCUAUAAUUAAUGUACGCGAAGAUGACCAAUGGUUAUUAUUGGAAAACGAAUCCCAUAUUUCAGAUGUGUGUAAUAUUUUUAAAGACAAACUUUUGUGUGAAUUUCAAACUGAAAUAUUUUUACAACAUCCAUUAGUUAUUCUGGUAAUUUAAAAUACAUUUUAAAUUAAGUUUAUUUUAUUUAAAAGAAUGCUACUUAUGCCAGAAUACAGAAUGUACAUACCUAUUAAUAAUAUUGUUUUGAAUUAUAAUUGUAGAAAUUAAUUAAAUGGCUAAAUGAAAAUAAAGAAACUGAUUUAAUUUUGGAGUGUCUAAAUUAUUUGGUUGAAGAAUUAAUUAAACGACAUUAUGAAUAUACUACAGGUUUAUCUGUAAGUAUAUUAUCAAACUUAUCAAUUUAUUUUAUGAUGCAUUGUAUGCAUUAAACAUUACUUUUUCAGGAAAACUUUGAAAGUAUUAACUUCAAUAAUGAUUCUAGUUCUCAAAUAACAAUAUUGGAUAGUGAAAACACAACUAAUGUGAGUACCUAUAUCAGUAUUAUAAACUGCAAUUUUUUUUUACUUGUGCUUAAUUAUUUUAAUAAAAAAUGAAUAUUAUUUUUAUAUAUUUUAAUUACAUUUUAUUAUACAGUUUUUAAUAAAUGGUAUACAUUUUUAGGAUGGAAUUUCUCGUUGGGGUAUUGCCAAAUUUUGUGUUUCAAUGUUACCCUUAAUAUUGAAACAUAUAAGUUAUAAUAGUAUUGGAGCUUUCUCUUUAUUUAUGUCCAACAUACAUCUUUUAUCAUCAAUAUCUGAAAGUUGUAAUGUUAAUUUUUAUUUAGAUUCAGUAUUUUAUAAUUAUAUGACUAAAAAUCUAUUACUGUAAGUAUUUAUCAAUCAUACACAAUUUUGCUUUAUAUUUAUAUAACUGAUUUUCUAGAAAUGAACCAUUAUCUUCGCUUAAGCUGUUGGUUAUUGCUAAAAAAUUAUUAACAUUUUGUCUACACAAUGACAAAUUCAAAAAUAUUAUUGGCAGUAUACUCAAACAACCCUAUUGGAUUCAUCUUUAUCCUGAGUUAUAUCAUCAACUUUAUGCACACAUAAUUAAUGUAAGUUGUUAUAUUUUAUUGAUUUUUAAAUAUUUAGAAAUAUAAAACGGUCCAAUUUUUUAUUAAUAUUUAAUAAAUUAUUAUUUUUUUUAAAUUUAAGGAAGAACCGUUAGAAUUAAAAAUAAUCAAAAUGGUUGAAAAUGUUCAUAUUUUAUUGUCCACUAAUAUGUUGGAUAUGAAGCAGCAUGCGCAAUUAUUUAAAACUGCAUUGCCUAUUAUGUGGUUUCAUAAAAAGUUUCAUAUAAUUGAUAAAUUUAUUAUAGACACGUGCAAACAUGUGUAAGUAUUGGAAAUUGAUUAAUAUAUUUUAUUUCUAUUAGUUUUUAUGAAUUUUAUUUCUAUUUUUUUAGAAAAAAGAAAUUUAAAUUAUUAAUAUAAAUAUUUGACUUUUAAAUAAAUACUAUGUAGAAUCUAUUUUGUUCAUAUAAUCAAAAAAAAAAAUAAAAAUAUUUUUCAAUAUCAUCAUCAUAUGGCCUCAUAAGCAGUUGUUUAAAUGUGUGUAAAGUUUGUAUUUGCUUUUAAUUUGUUGUUGAAUUAGGAUUUUUUUUUUUUUAAUUCAAAUAAAUAAAAAAGUAACUGCAAGAGUUUUAGUUAUCAUUAGUGCUCUCCAACUUCCACGGUUUUGGAUCAUUUCCUCCAAUUUGUAGUUUCUAAUUUAUCUGGAUAUUGUCAUAAUCAUUUAUCUACUAUUUCUCAGGUCUUCUCCGUUUUGGUUGUCAAUCAAUAUUUGCUUUAGCUUGUGUGUUACCUGUCUUCGUUUUACUUGUCUAAGUCACUUUAGUCUUUGUCCCUUCACAUAGCUUGUUAUUACUGAUAUUUUUGUCAUUUUGCUUAACCUUAUAUUCUUUCUUUUUCACCAGCAGUUUAACACAAUAUCAUGUACAGGUUUGCUUAUUGUUUUAAGCACUUUAUUCUCAAAAGUCCUUAAUUUUUCUUUAAAUUGUACUGUCAGGGGCCAAACUUCACAUCUGUAAGUAAUUUUCAAUUGCUAUGUACAGGCAUACUUAUGUUCCUCUAGAGCUCUUCUCUACAUUCAGUAUAUUAAUUAUGAAUCAUAGGGUUUAGUCAUAUUGUGAUUAUUUGUUCGGUAUAUAGGAUUAAAUUGCUUCACAUAAAGUUUGUAGUUUUUAUGAAUGGCAAACUUCGGAUACAAUUGGUGAAUAUUUUCCAUUUCACUAUAAUAGAUUAUUCAGUCAUUAAUAGUUAAUUAAUCUGUGUCUAUUCACCUGAUUUCUUAUAACAUGGAAACCAUUAUUUAAUAUACCUUCAAUACAUAUAUUAGAUUUUGGCAUGCUCUCGUUUUGUACAGGUUCUCCAAUGGUCAUGCUAGGUUGACAGUGGUUUCUGAACAAUUUUUGUUUACUGAAAAGGGUUGUUAAUCCCAAACCAAACCUUUAAUCUGGAAUACCCAGAGUUUCGUAAUAAUAUUUUCUUUUUCUUUUUAGGAUAAAAUAAAUGUUUCCUUAAUAACAAAUUAAUAAUAUUAUAUACAUAUAUAUACUUUAAAUUAUAUAUUAUUAUUUUUUUUUUUUUUAGAAAGUUAAUUAAAAUUAAUAAUAAAAAUGAAUACAGCAACAUUUUAUUAAAUUUGCUUUCUUUCAAAUCAUCGGAUGUUGUAAUACAUACAUAUUCAGUUCUAAAUGACACUGUCAAGAAAUUAUUAAAUAAUUUGUAUUCAGAUUCAAAUAAAAUUGACCGGUUAAUAGCAAAUCUAUUAUCUACUGAUGUAUUAAAUGAAAUUAUAUGUUUGGGUUGUGUUAAUUCAAAUGAACAGGUAUUCAUUUGUUUGUAUUCUUUGUUGGUGACCAAACUAAAUAAAUUAUUAUUGUGUUUAGAUAAGUCAAUUAGCAUUAGAAUUCACAGAGCAGUUACUGAAAAGUAAAAAUAUAAUCAAUAAUGAUCAAUGGCAAUGUAUUUUAAAUAAUUUGUCUCCAAUUUUACCUGUAUUAUACUGUCAUGCUAAUCAAAAGUCUACUCUUGGUCAAACUAUUUUUAAUUUGUUUGAUCCUGAUCAAUCUGGAAAGUUUAACAUAAAAAAAUUAGUAGUAAGCAUGUUUUAUUUUUUCAUUAUUAUUUACAGUUAUUAUUAUUAUUAUUAUUUAGUGAGUUUUGCUUAUUACUAAUGAGAUAACUCCAUGACAUUGAGUGGAUUUUUUGAAGUAAAUUUAUUGUGUGUUAAAUUAUUAUUAUUGAACAUUUAUGUUCAGAAAUUAUAUUUAUUUAAUUGUUGAUUAUUAUAAUAAAAAUAAAAUUUGAUAUUAAUAUAGUUAUUAAUUAAUUUAUCAUAUGUAUUUACAGACAAGCUCUUUUAUAAACACAAUUUUAUGUAUUGAAAAAUAAAAAUAAAGAUAAAUUACAAAAUAUGCUUAGGAAAAAUAUAAUUUUUCUCUUAAUCUAAGGAGGAAUCUGAAUUGGCUAACUGCAUUAAUCUAUAGAUUGAUUCCUUGGUUAAGUACAUCCAUGUAAGUAAUUGGUGUAAUAUCUAGGAAUGUGAAAUGGAGCAUUGAGGCAUGUUGGUCGUAAAGGAACUCUGAAAUAAAUUAAAGCAAAAUGGUUGACAAGUCAAUUGUCCCAGUUAAUAGAUCACAUAAGAACUUUUUGUUUGCAUCAGGUCAGCCAAUGAAAGAAAACUAAGUUGGUAUGCGAUAGACUUGUUCUAUCUAGGGUAUGUUCUGCAGGUGGUAUCUUUAGACAAAACCCAGCAAAUUUUUAAAAGUUUACUUUGAACUAUUUUAACUAAUUUGAGUCUAUGCCUGAAGACAUUUUGAGUCUGAUCUAAUUUAGUGUUAAAUAUCUGUAGAUUUUUCCCAUAUUAAAUAUUAAUUCUGUUUUGUGUAUAGAUUUAACAAGUUAAACAUUUGUAUUCAUAUUUAAAAAAAUAAUAAACUCCAACAUUUAUUUACUAAAAAGUUGUUUCAGAAUAAUAGUAAAUAGUAAAUAACAUAUAAAAUAUAAUGUUAUAAAAGUAUUGACUUUGUUUAAAUCUAUUUUGUUUUAGUUACUUCAUUCAAUAAUUGUUAUGUUGUUGAGCAAAGAUAAUAAAUCUCGAAUAGAAGCAAAUAAUAGAAUCACAUGGCUUUUAAAAACAUCACUAAAUAAAAGUAUUGAUCUGCCAAACAAUAUUUUUAUAAUUGAGUUUGAAGAUUUUAAUGACAAAUCAGAGGAACCCGUUGGGGAAUAUAAUGUAUGUUAUAUAACUGUUAUAAUAAGAAUUUAUUAACACAUAAUCAUUUUUAUAUUCAUAAUAAUUUUUAAUAUUUUUAGGAAAAUGAUUUAGAUGGUAUGUUAGAUUUGAUCUCUAAUAAAUGUUCAAGUCGACAAACUAUUAAAUGUGCAUUAUACAAAUUAUCAGUAAUGCUUGAACAUAGUCAUCUUCAACAAUAUUUUAUAGACAAUGGAGGAAUGAACACUAUAUAUAAUUUACUUAAAUCGUCAAAAGUAUAAAUAAUUUUAAAUAGUAUUGAUUUAAGUUUUGGAUCUAUAUUAAGUAUUUUCCAGCUAUUUGAAAAUGAACGUGGCUUGUUAAUUGCAUUGUUAAAAUUACUUUUAUGUUUUGCUAAGGAAAAUAAAUGCAUUUCUAAUGAACAUAAUUUAUUAGCAAAUAAUUUUGAAAUACAACUUCAGUUAAUUUCAAGUACACAAAUAGCAUUAUAGUUUUAUAUUUACUCACAAUAAGCAUAUUUUACCAAAUAUAUGUAUAUUUUUUUUUAUCUUUUAGUUUUGUCUGAUUUCUAUGAAAUUCCACUUGUGAAACAAUAUAUUUUGCACAUUUUUUUUUACUGCAUUUUUAAACAAUAUUUAAAAGAAUUUGGAAACAUACCAGAAGUAGUUAUGGAUAAGAUAUACAUUCCUAUUAAUAUCAACAAAUAUUGGAAAUCGAAUAAUAAUUAUGAUGAUACAUUAGAUUUAAGUAAGAUAUUAAAUCAGUAACUUAAUAUUGUUUUAACUUGAUAAAUUUAAUUUAAUAUUAUUUUUUUUAUUUCAGGAAUUAAAGAUGACAAAAAUUGUAUGGAUGUUUUAGUAUUAAAUUGGCAUUUGAAACAUUUUAAUAAUAUAGAUUUAUUUCUGAAAAAUGGUCCUACUAUGGAAGCGCAUUGUUAUUUAUUUAAUGAUGUUUUUAAAAAUUUUCAAAAAGCUAGUAUUAAUUGGUAUGUUAACAAACUAUUGAUUGACUUAAUUGCAGCCACGUCUCAUCCAGUUGCAUUAUGUAUUCUCGGUGAUUUAAUAAGGUAA